UUAAAUAAUAAAAUUCUUCAUGGAGAAAAGUGGUUCAAAAAGGGUAGUAAUCACUGGUGUCUCUGGAUACCUGGCCUCUUGGGUGCUCAAGUACUUCUUGGAAUCUGACCAAAACUUUGAAAUCAGAGGUACAGUGAGAGAUUCUACAAACGUAGCCAAGGUUAAUCCACUCAGAGAAGCCAUAGGUGCUGACUUUGAUUGAGUCGAGUUAGUCUCUGCUGAUAUCACUGAUAAAAAGGCAAUUGAUAAAGCUGUAGAAGGCUGUCAUUAUGUCAUCCAUACAGCAUCUCCAGUGUUAGAGAGAGCUCCUAAAGAUCCAGAGUUGUUAUAUAAACCAGCAGUUGAAGGCACCCAAGCUGUGCUGGAGGCCUGCAGGAAGCACAAAGUUGAGAGAUUAGUGGUCACUUCUUCUCUCAUAACCAUCGUUGAUUACGAUAAACUUGAAGAUGAAGAUACAGUCACAGAGAAAGAUUGGCUUGAAUCUUUUGAUCCGAAUAGCCCAUAUCCUGAAAGUAAGCUCAGGGCUGAGAAAGCAGUAUGGAAGUUCUUAGAAGAACUCCCUGAAGAAGAGAAAUUUGAUAUACUGACUCUCCAUCCAGGUUUCAUCCUUGGACCACUACUCUUUAAAAAUAAUUCAGUAUCUCCUAAUUUUGGAGCAAAAGUAAUGCAAGGGAAGAUGCCUGGGAUCCCUGACAUUCACCUAUUAAUGGUAGACGUCAGAGACAUCGCCAUGGCUCAUCUUUUGGCCGUAACCUCUGGUGCCAAAACUGGUAGAUACAUAGUAAACGAAGAUCACCAUCCUGGAAUCUCCAUAGGAGAGAUCUUCUACGAAGAGUUUGGCAAAUACGGAUACAAGCCUAAUAGAAAGAAGCUGAAGCAUUGAUUGGUCAAGCUUGCUGCUUGCUGUAUAAAAGACGUCAGACCUGUCCUUAAGUAUUGGGGCAAAAAGGUUAGCGCUGAUCAUUCCAAAUCUGUCAAAGAACUAGGCAUGAAAUAUAGAACCCAGAGGGAAACAAUCGUAGAUAUGGGCUACUCUUUGAUCGAACAUGGAAUGGUCAAGGACAGAACUAAGAAGAAGAAAAGUUAAACCAUAACUUCGAAAUUCAAUCAAAUAUAUUUUGUUUG